GGAAGAAAAAGAAGAAGACGACGAGGAUCUCUCCAAAAAGAAAUUCCUGCUUGAAAAUGUAGAUAUUUCUCUUACUUUUAAGUCCGACUCUAUAAUGUUCUUAAGCGUGGUCAGAGUUAGCUGUAGCAGUAAGCUGCUAGUUCCUCUGCGACGUUUUGCUAGCGCCAUGUAAAGGAGUCUGGCUGGAGCUGGAGCAGAGUUAUAUCUCCGAUACAAGUACCGACUCCAUGGGUUCAUAGACAUGAGCUGUAGUGUCCUGGAUGAGGAGCAGUUCCGUCAGUGCUGCCAGCUGCUCCUUCAGCGCUCUGACCAGUUGGGGGAUGGCUGGAGCUGGGAAGCCGUUCAGGGCUCAGAAGAGGGCUACCUCAGAAAGACUGCACUAAGGUCAGUUCCUAGUGACUGGGGUCCACUUCAUGACCAGGAGGGGUUUAGUUUCCACCCACAGACUCUAUGUGACUCUACUGGACAUGAAAAGGAAGAACAGGACCCAGUGGCCUCCACUGGUUCUGACUUCCUCAGAGCUGAAGAAGAAGAUGAUGGUAGCUGCACAGGGACUAACAGCAGCAGCCUGGUGGUUCAGUACGAGUAUCACAUCCUGUUCUCCUGCAGCUACGGAGCUCCUGUCCUGUAUUUCAGAGCGUUCACUUUGGAGGGGAAGAGCCUGGCAUUAGAGGAAAUGUGGAGCACCAUCCACCCAAACUACAGGCUGCGUCUUCAGAACUGCCCUCUGAAUGCAAUAAGUCAGCAGGAGCACCCCUUGCUGGGCCAGCCGUUCUUUUUCCUUCACCCAUGUAGAACAGAGGAGUUCAUGGGACUUAUGCUGCAGGCUGCUCAAGAUCAAGGCAGGCCAGUGAACUAUGUGCUGUCAUGGCUGAGUGUGGUGGGGCCUGUUGUGGGUCUGGAUGUUCCUCUGCAGUACUGCACACCGCUCCAUUCUGCUGUUUCACUCAACAGCACAAAACCCGACUGAAGCUGAACACACACCUGGAGAUGUCUGUCUUGUUUUUUUCCAUGUAACUAUUUCUAAUACCCAAAAUAAUUAUGUUGGUAUGGUCAUUAAAAUGGUUCAAAUGAG